AUGAGUAUCCCGGAUAUCGAUAUGGAAGACUUCAACGGAAGUUUUGACAACUGGCUGCUCGACAGCGCUCCUUCUGUUGUUCCUGAUACUGAUGAUUCUGAUGCUGAAAUCCCCGAUGAUGACUUCGAUGAAGGAGCAGAAAACACAUGGUACGAUGAAUGGACCUUUUCGGAGCCUAUUGGAACAAAUCUAGAGGCGGAUAACUGCGAGACGCCCCUCCAAUUUAGUGCUGUUUUUCUCUGA